AUGAAUGGGAGAAUCAUUUUAUUUACAGAGUUCUAUUACGACUAUUCCGGAUCUGGCUCUGGUUCUGGUUUUUGGGAGGGAACUGGAUAUUCCGGUUCUGGAUCUGGCACUUGGAAAGAAGGAUCCGCCUACUCCGGCUCUGGUUCAGGAUCUGGAGAAUGGGAAGAAGAAGGAUCCGGUGGCUCUGGAUCUGGUGAUGACAUAAUUCCAUGCGAGGCGCUGUAUUGCCCUCCGGGAACUUACUGUGAACAGGGAAGAAGAGUAUGUCCAUUUGCACCACCUUGUUAUACAACCCCGACACAAUGCAUGAUAUCUGGCCCAUGUGGAAUAAGCUACCCAGCUUCUGGUGAGGAGCCGGGGUCCGGCGAAGAUGGUUCAGGAUCAGGUCAAUGCCCUUCGGAUCUCCAAUACACAAACUGUGGAAACGUAUGCUUUGAAGAUUGUACAACUGACCUCAACUACAUUUGCGUCAGGGAAGCAAGAUGUCUUUGCAAGACAGAUCAAGCUCUAUAUAUCAAAAACGACAGGAGUGCUUCAUGCGUGCCGCGCCAGCAGUGCCCAUGUGCACAGGCAUAA